GAUUCUAUUUUGUUCUGGCAUUCGUGUUCGCCACAAAAUUAAUCGUUUUUUAGCAAGUUACGUUAUAUCGAUAACUAAUAUCGUAAUUAUAUUGUCAUAUCAAAUACAGUUUUUGUGUCUCACCUUCAUAUGUUUGUGCAAUUUUCUGAUUUUAAUAAAAUUGGAUUAUUUUUCAAUAGGAAACUAAUAUUUAUAUUGGUUAUUCCUAGAUGGAUACCAUUCCCACUUGUAGAGCAUGCUUAAAAACUUCAUUAUCGUAUGUGGAUUUAGAAACUCCUUUCGAGCAAAUAGAACUCGAAACACCUUUGGAAGAACAUUCUGAUGUACUUAUAACAUACAUGGAUUGUUUUCGAAGUUGUACACAAUUAACAUCGACCGACAACGAAGGAAAAAUGCCCCAUAAUCUUUGCGAGAACUGUAGUUUUGAAUUAGGAAUUGCAUGGAACUUUAUUCAGAAAGCUAUACAAUCAGACAAAGUUUUAAACGAUGCAAUAGUGAAUUCUAAGGAGAUGCAAGGAAUUGAUGAUUUAAAUGGUUUCGAUAACAAAUAUAUUGAAAUUACAACAGUAGAUGGAAGUGUUGGAUUAGAUGAGCUCACUAAAACAGAGAGUAAUAAAGAAAACAUUUCCGAAAAUGAAGACGAUUUGAAGGAUUAUGGAACAAAUCAGCAGUUUCCAAACACAGAUAUCAGUUCGAAAUGCAGUACUGAUUUGAAAAUUCAAAUUGGACACCUUCAAUUUGAACCUGUUGAUAACUGCGUAAAUAUUGUUGACGAUAAUGGUUUAAAUGUUAAUAAAAUCUCAGAUUUUGUCGAAAACACUGCAAAAGACGAUGAAAGAAAAAACACAACCGUUAAAAAAAGCCCUUCAGCAAACUUGAUGGAAUCUGAACAAUAUUAUUUUCUCGAGUUAAUGGAUAUAUCUGAGAAUGAUGGAGGCAAAAUAAAUGUGAACCCCACAGAAUGUGACAAUGAUGCCGGAAAAAACUUAAAAGAAGAUUCGAGCAGUUCUGCCAUCUCCUGUUCUAUUUGCUUUCAAACCUUUGAAAAAAAUAGUCAGCUUUCACUACAUUCACAAACGCAUCCAUUUGUUGACGAUGAAGCCAGUAUUUGUAAAAUAUGUGGAAAGAAUGUAUCUCAGGAGAAUAUGAUGGGGCAUAUUAAAAUUACACAUUUAAAUAUUAUUAAGUGCAGAUAUUGCGAUUUUAGAUGUCAAGAGCUUAAAAUGUCAGACCAUGUGCAUCGUACACAUUCCGGGCUAAAUAAUUUUGUUUGUAAUAUUUGCGGUAAAAUAUUUACUUCCUUAAGCAUCUUGAAUUCACAUCUUAAGUAUCACCAACGGAAAGAAGCAAACAUAAAAUCAGAUGCGUGUGAAAUAUGUAGCAAGCGAUUUUCCACAAAACAUUAUUUGCGUUUGCAUAUGGAAGUUCAUCGAAAUGUACGUCAACUUCAUCAAUGUAAUUAUUGCGAUAAAAUGUAUGUUAGUAAAAUAGCUCUUGAUAAUCACAUUCGCCUUCAUAAAGGCGAAACAAUAAAGUGCGAUGAAUGUGGAAAGCAAUUUGUACGCCAGUACGAGUUGAAUGUGCAUAUGCGAUUCCAUACCCGUGACUACCCAUUUAAAUGUGAAAUAUGUGACAAAAAAUUUGCAAUAAAGGGUCAUUUGCGUACACAUAUGUGGAGACACCAAGGAUUAAAGUUGCAAUGCGAAGAAUGUGGAAAAUUAUUCACUUCAACCAAGGCUUUGCAAGAACAUUCGUUUGUUCAUAGUGAAAUGCCAUUUCCUUGCAGUUAUUGUGGUCGAGGAUAUCCAUCAAAACAAAAGUUUAAAGUCCAUCUGAAAACUACGCAUCUUAUAGAGUUUACAGAGGAGGAGAUUCUAAAAGUUACAAAAUCUCAAACUCCAAAGCCUUUACAGCGAAAAAAACUAACUUUAGUUCAAGCAGAUAGCGUUAUGAAAGAGGUUGAAGUAAAGGACGAUGAAACCACGAACGAGGGGGAAGAUAUAAUGGUUGAGCUUUGUUGACGCAUAUAUUCCCAUGUUUUUUCAACUAAAGAGUUUAUCAAUAACAAGUUUCCUAAAUCAUAUUUGAAGUAAACUCACAUAUCCAUGAUAAUAAUAAUUAGAAAUCCCUGUCGCAUAUAGAGCAAAGAAGUGCCAUCUUCCAGUAUCCUUUAUAUCGAUGAUAGCAUUCUUGAUGAAGUGUGUUGAACAUCGCAUUCAGAGAGUCCCUAAUGAAGUGUUGUCAUAUAUAUGGAACAAACUUAGGUAUGCGUACAUAUGUAUUACGUAAAGCUCAAAAAUUUAAACAUCCUUGAUAUUUCGGCAGACAAAAUAGAUGUAAGAAUAUUAUUUUUGGAAUAAAAUUAAAUAUUUUGUUGCGAAGGUUUAA